UUUCCCAUUCGGCCUUGCCUAGUCGCAGCCGCAGGCCGUUCGCGUCGUUCGCCCAGGAUCAUUUUCGUGAGUCAGUGGGAAAGAAGUGGGAGAGCCCCUCUCAAGGUCUGGCAGCAGGUGACUGCAGGCUGCAAGCACAAAGAAACAGAAGCAAGUCAGACGGGCGUUGAGCUGUAUAUGGCCGAUUCCAAAAUGGGCAGCGCGCACUCGAGAGGAAAGCGAUUAUUGCCAAUCAUCUGCACUGACCUGAGAUCCACCUUGAUUCAGAAACGCGUUCCACAUCUGUCAAUGUACCAGUUUCGGUGCAGUGGCAUGCGUGAUUCAUUUGAGAUUAAUCCUAGAGGCUCAAAGAGGCCAGCUGAUAAUGGGCCACCAAGUUCGCCAGGCAGCAACCCAUCUGAUUAUGUUGAAGACUUCGUGUGUAACGAGGACGACCUUCAAGAAAAUGAAAUGAAGGCAUUUGAUAUGCCAGAUGGUGCUGGUAAAGUGUUGGUGGUUAAGCAGAAAGGGAAGAUAUCAGCUGUCGGAUCAAAAUGCACUCAUUAUGGAGCACCUCUGAUUAAAGGUGUUCUUGGUGAGGGUCGUGUUCGUUGCCCAUGGCAUGGAGCUUGCUUCAAUGUAACCACAGGAGAUAUAGAGGACUUCCCAGGUCUAGAUAGCUUGCCUUGCUUCGAUGUUAGCAUUGAAGCAGGCAAAGUGAAGGUAAAGGCUCACAAAGAAGCAUUAAAAUCAAGUAAAACCGUGAAAACCAUGACUUCUCCAUGUGGAAAAGACUCCCGUUCAUUUGUUGUGAUUGGAGCAGGUGCUGCUGGUGCAUGUGCCGUUGAAACUCUGAGACAGGAGGGUUUCACUGGAAAGAUUGUUAUGAUCACUUCUGAGCGCGCUUUACCUUAUGACCGCAUUAAACUGAGUAAAAUGUUGGAUGUUGAAGUUUCCAAGCUUCAACUUCGAGAUGAAUCUUUUUACAAGGAGCAUGGUAUAGAGGUUCGCACUGGAACAUCAGUGAAGUCUAUUGAUUCCAAAGGAAAGAAAGUGAUCUUGAAUGAUGGAAGUGAGAUAAAUUACACUCGCCUUCUCGUUGCAUCUGGGUCCAAAGCAAACACUGCUACUCAACCUGGAUCUGAUCUUCAAAAUAUUUUCUCUCUUCGAACCAUUGAAGAUGCAAAUGCCAUUCAUAAAGUACUGUCAAAGGAAUCAAAUGUUGUUAUUGUUGGAGCAUCUUUCAUUGGUAUGGAAGCUGCUGCUUAUUGUGUUGGCAAAGUAAACUCGGUGACGGUGGUGGGUCGAGGCUCAGUGCCUUUCCAGCCAAUUCUAGGAGAGAAAGUUGGUGCUCGCAUCUUGCAACUGUUCGAAGAGAAAGGUGUGAAAUUCCGUAUGGGCUGUGAUGUAACUAGCUUUGGAGGUGAGGGGAAAGUGAAUGAAGUUAAACUGUCAAGUGGAGAAGUUCUCCCUGCCGAUGUUGUUGUUCUUGGAAUUGGAGCCCAGCCUAGCACUGCAUUUUUGCAAGGCACUGACAUUGAGAUGCAGCGUGGUGCUGUUGUUGUGAAUAAGUUCAUGGAAAGUAGCAUUCCAGACAUAUUUGCUGCUGGUGAUGUUGCCUAUGCUCCAGUUUUUGCAGCUGAUGAUCGUCCGGCAAGCAUUGGACACUGGCAACUUGCUCAUUACCACGGACGUAUAGCUGCUCGUAAUAUGGCAGGCAGCCGAGCAGAAUUAAAAAGUGUACCGUUCUUCUGGACAAUGGUCUUUGGAGUUGGUGUCAGAUAUGCGGGCUAUGGAGCAGGAUUUGAGGACAUUGUUAUCACUGGAGACCUGUCAGCCAUGUCCUUCAUUGCUCACUAUUGUGUUGGUGAUGUGGUUACUGCUGUAGCCACUGUGGGGUCAGAUCCUGCCGCAGCUAAAUUUGCAGAAUUGCUAGCAAUGAAGAAAACUCUCUCAAAAGAAGAUGUACAGAAAAAUGGAAAAGCUUGGGUUGAUUCACCUCUCCUUUAGUAAAAUAACAAAACAAUGUCAGCAGGCCUAGUUAUGUGUAAGAUUUGCACUUGAUUGACUAUCAGUAUUACACCACCAUUGUGAUACGGUGUUUAUCCACUAAUUACUUUGUACUGUAGAUAAUUUGCUUUGGUAAAUAUCUAUUGUCACUGCUGCUUUUAACCUGCCAGUAUUGCUCUUACGUAUCUAGUUGCCCCACUCCCCCCUCCCCCUCCCCAUUAUCUUUGCAUUUCCCAAAUUUUCUCUUUAUUUGGAAAAGUUUUCUGGUUGUGCUGGCAAAAUCUCAGUUAGCAUAUGUCUAGAAUCGAAUGAAAUUUGUGAUGUUAUUAAAUCAAUGUUAUCUUAAAGAUGGACCAAUUAUCUUGUUUGUAUUUUUUACUUUUAAGUUUGUAUUAUUUUGUUUCUCUGCAUCAAUUUGUUUUUAAAUUCUUAUAACAUAUUUAUCAUAAGAAAGAGUUGUUUUAACGAACCAUAACUGAUUGUGAUAUGCACUGUUACACAUGUGCCUUAAUUAAUUCUUUCUAUUAGUCGUUUUUCCUGAUUUAACAUUUAUUCCUGUACGUACUUAAAAAUGUUGGAACAAUUGUAUUAAUUCAGUUGUGCGGGUGAUGCUUUUGUGAUAAAUGUUCAUUUAUAUUUUACUAUGGGUUCAUGAGGUUGAUGUUGUAAUUCCCUAUUUGAACAGCAAAGAUUUUCCUUAGUAUGCGUAAAGAUUGAGGCCUCUAGGACUCAAGCAUAAGAUAGGAGUGACACCAUGCAUUUAAAAGACAAUAAACAAGAAAAACACACGA